AUGGCUUCCAACGGUGCCAAUGGAAUCCCCCACCAGAAACCGGCAUUGCCUUCUGUGUACAUUGUUGCGGCGGCGCGGACUCCUGUCGGCUCGUUCCUAGGAUCGCUGUCCUCGCUGACUGCCCCUCAAUUGGGAUCCCACGCCAUCAAGUCUGCCCUUGAAAGAGUGCCGGAGAUCAAGCCUCAAGAUGUGCAGGAAGUCUUCUUUGGCAACGUCCUGUCCGCCAAUCUCGGUCAAAACCCUGCACGUCAAUGCGCACUCGGCGCCGGCCUCGAAGCCUCGACGGUGUGCACGACGGUCAACAAAGUCUGUGCAUCCGGAGUCAAGGCGAUUGUGCUCGGCGCGCAAACCAUCAUGACGGGCAACGCCGACAUCGUUGUUGCCGGUGGUGCAGAAUCCAUGUCCAACUGUCCUCACUACGUCCCUAACAUGCGAACCGGAGUGAAAUUCGGGAACCAGACGCUGGUGGAUGGCGUGUUAAGAGAUGGUCUGACAGACGCGUACGGAAAACAAGAACACAUGGGGCUGCAGGGAGAAGAAUGCGCCCGGGACCAUGACUUCAACCGCGAACAGCAGGAUGACUACGCAAUCCAAUCCUACCAAAAAGCACAGGCUGCUCAAAAGGAAGGUCUAUUCGAUUUCGAGGUUGCCCCCAUCCAAUUGCCAGGCGCUCGGGGUAAGCCUGGUGUCACGGUCGACAAGGACGACGAACCGAAGAAUCUCAACGUUGACAAGCUACGGUCCAUCAAGCCAGCAUUUAUUCCCGACAAGGGGACGGUGACUGCACCGAAUGCCUCUCCUCUGAGCGAUGGCGGCGCGGCUGUUGUGCUUGUUUCCGAGGCCAAACUGAAAGAGCUCAACAUCAAGCCGCUGGCUAAGAUUCUCGGCUGGGGAGACGCCGCCCAGCAGCCCAACAAGUUCACCACUGCGCCCGCACUGGCCAUUCCCAAGGCCCUGAAACACGCUGGUGUCAGCCCGGACGACGUGGACGCCUACGAGAUCAACGAGGCCUUUAGCGUCGUGGCCCUCGCCAAUAUGAAGAUUCUCGGCUUGUCUGCUGAUAAAGUCAACCUCCACGGCGGUGCGGUUGCUCUCGGACACCCACUGGGCGCCUCGGGUGCGCGCAUCGUCACGACUUUGCUGGGGGUUUUGAAAGCUAAGAAGGGCAAGAUUGGCUGCGUUGGCAUUUGCAAUGGCGGCGGUGGAGCCAGUGCUUUGGUCAUCGAGUCCUUGAUGUGA